AUGUGUCAAUACAAUAAUAAAUGUCAGCAACUUGACGAACCUCUUCAUCGUGCACAAUUUUGUCAUUCUAAUUUACCAGAUUAUCUUGUUCCAUGUCGAUAUCAACAAAAUUGCAAGACAAUAAAAGUAGAACAUCGAAUUAAAUAUUCUCAUAGAGAAAAAAUUUCAUUGCCAUUAUGCAUAGAAAACUCUAUAAAACAAACACAUGAUAAAAUUAAUGACAAUUCAUAA